UUUUUUUAUACUUAAAACCCCUCGAUAAGUCACAAACAGUACAUAUAGUUUCAAAAGUUGAUCAAGUCGAUUGCUGUCCAAGUACCUCAUACCAACUCCACAAUUCAAAUAAAAAUGAAACUCUUCUGUUUAUUAAUGUCCUUUUUCUGCGUGGGUGUUUUGGCAAAUAAUUAUGAGACGUAUAUGAAUAAUGUUAACACUAUAAAUGAAGCCAUGAAAAUUGCUUAUGAAAAGAAUGAUGUAACUCUGGGAAUAAGAUCUGGAUUAAAUGCAUUGGAGUGUGUGAUUGAGAGAAUGGUUGAUGAUGUCAAUGAUGCACGUUUCUACAAGGAUUUUGGCAAAAUUAAUUUGUUGUUAGCUGUACCGGACCACACGGAAAUUCUCACUAGAAUACCAACAUUUCUAGUUCUUGAACCAUUGGAAAAAGCCAAUAUGUUCAACUUUAUAUUGCUGCGGGAAAUAGAACGUAUGAUAGACCAAUAUUGUUAUGGAUAUACAAGAAAAUUAAGAACAAUGAAAGAACUUGGAGACGAAAGAAGAAAAUAUGUUCUUCUAGCUUUAACAAGUAUAAUCAGACGUCGUAUUUUAGAUGAAUCUGUGGGGCAUGUAGAUGAUGAUGCCACUUUAUUACCAAAGUGUCGUAUCCUAGGAUUAUACUUGAGUACACAAUUUCCAGAAUCAUUCACAAAAGAACUUAAGAUUGACUCAACUAUCAAUAAGUGUAUCUUCAUGGACGAAAAUAAUGCGAUCAGGAUAUACGGAAAAAUUGACGAUACAUGGUAUUACAUCAACCAGUUUACAAAACUCGAGGAACAACUACGACUUGGAGUUCCACCAGAAACAAAUGAAGAAGAUGGCGCAAACACAAUUCCAAAACAUUUUGACAUUUCUUUUUUUAAUAAAUAAAUACUUAUCUCUUUCCUAUUUUGGGCAACCUCUGUAUUACAUUGUAGUUCACGUUACAUUAUGUUUUAUCAGGAUUUAAAUAGAGUUCUAUUUAACCUAACCUCUAAUCGGUCCAGCGAUUUUUAAGAUACAUAAAGAUCUAAAGAAUAUAAAUAAAUACAAAAAUUACCACAGUUAAACAUACCUUUGACCUUGAUUUUCUUCAAAAACUUAAUCACUUUUGUUGUAAUGAACCUAAAUAUUGGU